ACGACAAAAACAAGCAGGUGAGUGUGCGCCAGAUGUCAGCCUCUUUCGAUGAUGAGACGCCAAAGAAAUAUUCAGAACCGCUACACGGAUUUGCCCUGGGAGCGGCCUCGGUCACUCCCAUGGAUGCCGAUCAUUUCUACCUUUUUUGUCCUGAUCCCACACCAGCGUUGAAUGGCUAAGCCACCUCCAUCCAAGAAAGGCUGACACGCUGUUUUUGACCCGACCCAGCCCAGCAGCAUGUCCGAACCUGCUGAGCCUGCUGCAGCAGAGGGGAGUGCGGCGCCUGCGCUGCCCGAGAUGAGCGAGCAGCCGCACCAGCCUGUCACUGCCCCAGUAGCAGCGGCGCCGGCUGGCGAGGACGCGACAGCAGGCGCACAGCCUCAGGAGCAGCCCGGCGAGCCAAGCGAACAAGAGAUGCAGGACGAGAAGCCCCCACCGCAGGCAAAAGACCAACAGCCCGAUCAGACCUUGCAACAGCCUUCAGAGACAGAGGCCCCGGCGGCGACAGAGACGACAGCUCCGAAACAGGAGCCUGUCGACGACCAACCGGCGCCUCCUCCUGCUUCAACCACAGAGCAGCUCGAUGCAGCACUGGCGUCUGCUUCUGCUCCUGUCUCUGCUCCUGCACCUGCCCCAAUUCCUGCUCCCACCUCCGCUCCCACUGCUGCGCCAGCCGAGCCGGAAGAGCCAGACGCUGCCACUGCCAAGCCAAGCGACACCGAUCCUUCCCCGAGCGGGCCAUUGCCCGUGGCAGAGGCAGAAGCAGCGGACGAGUCUGAGUCCAAGCCCAAGCCUGAGCCUGAGGCGCCUGACUCCUCGAUGGCGCCAGCAGCCGAGCAUACAGAGCAGGGAGCGCAGGAGGCAGGCCAGCAGGACACGACCAUGACUGACGCAACGGCUGUCCCAGCAACGUCGACAGCUGAAGAGCCAACUGAGACAGCAGCCGCACCGGCUGCCCCGGCCGGCCCAUCCACAGAGCCCACUAGCGCCUCGGACGCCAAGGAUGUCGAGCCUUCUGCACCAUCCACCCAGGCACCUGUCACUUCGACAGCCCUGCCUACUGCUGCGUCGACACUUCUCGUGUCGAAUCCAUCCACUGCGACGGCUGUCGAGUCGGCGCCUGCAGAGGAGUCGUCUUCCUCGCAGCAGCCCGUGUCUCCGUCGCAGCCGGACCAGCAGGCACCAGUGCCGGCGUCGACAGCGUCGACAGCGUCGGCAGCGUCAGCAAUAGCAGCAGCGCCUACGUCCUCUGCAACCGCUCAGACACUCUCUUCGCAGGCGCAGCCGCCGCCACCACCGCAGCCGGCACAACCACAAGCACACACUCAACCACAGCCACAGACAUCACCACAGCUGCCGGUGCAGCCGCAGACGCCGGGGCCAUCCCAGCAGCCAUCCACCUCGACGGCACGGACGACAGCGACGACGGCGCAGACGCAGGCCGAGGCCGAGGCGCAUGCAAGGCAGAUGGAGCAGCUCUGGCGGCAAAAGGAGGAGGAGCGACGCCGGCUCACCUGGCUCUCGCUUCCCUCCAACGACCACCCGUCGUACUACUCGGACUCGGACGAGGAUGCGUCGUCGUCGAGCUCCUCGGCCGCCCCUCCCCACCCCUUUUCUGCCACGGGCCGGGUGCCCUACCUCAAUACGACGGCCUCAUCGUCGGCCUGGCCUUCUUCUGCUGUUGUUAACAACAACAACAACAAGAGACGCAGACGGGUCGCUGACAUGGACGACGAGGAGCUCUCGUCGGACUCGGACGAGGGCCGCGGUGCAGCGCUGGAGGAGCAGUGGGAGCAGAACGAGCACAAGACGGGCAACCGGGGCAGCAAGCUCCGCCCAGGCGCCCGCUGGAUCCGGCGCGCCAAGAUGGGCGGCUACACCGAGGCACGCAACGAGAAGGAGAUCAACGAUCGCAUCCGCGUGCGCAUCGCUGCUGCCCAGCGCGCCGGCAUUCAGGUCCUGCUCAACCGCGGCGAUCCCGAGCCGGGGCUGACGUCGGGCAAGGGUGCCCACGGCCGGCCAGACGCGGCGCAGGCGAUGCGCCGGCUGCUAUCGAGCACCUCGGACGGGCCCGAGGAGAACCUGUCCUCGACGGUGCUCGCCCCCGCGCUGCUGCGGCCCAUCCAGACGGCAAGGGCCCUGCUCGAGUCGCACACGCUCCGACACACGUUUCGCAACCCGCACAUCAGCGCGCUCAGCAAGACGGCCCUCGAUCUCCGCGAGAGCGAGGGUCAGCUCAGCCGCGCCCUGGGCAAGGCAUUUGGGGCCAUGGAGCGUGUCGAUCCGUGGGUGGCCGACAGUGAUGAGGAAGAGGAGGAGAACGGACAGGCGUCUUCCUCCUCUUCUUCUCAUCACCAGGAUGCGACAGCCACUUCCAACGGCAACGGCACGACGCUGCCAAAUGGGAAAAGCCAGGGCGUCACUGGCGAGCGCACACGCGAGAGGAGGCUCAAGCGAAAAGGACCCGGCGCAUUCACGGCGGGGAAAUACCACGUCGAUGCCGACGCCAUUGGCGCCAUGGGCACCAACCUGACGGCCGAUGAAAUUAACCCGGCCUUUUCCAAGCUCGACGAUCUCUUUGUCACAAAGGGCGGCCUCGCCAUUCCCUUUCCUGCCGAUGGGCCACCGCUCGACGGCGCCUCGUCGUCGUCUGGCCUCGAGGCCGCCGAGCAGCAGCAGCAGGCGCAGCAGGGCGGCGGGCCAGAGCAGCCGCAGGCGGUGCUGACGGUCGGCCAGCAGCGCGAGGUCAUCCGCGCCGCGCUCGAGUGCCUCCACGAGCUGGGCGCCGACAGUGCCGAGUAUGCCGAGCGCCUCGACGAGGUCCGCCACCGGCUCGCCGCCGUCAAGCGGCGCCGGGCCCAGGUCUGGGAGGCCCUCCGGCUGUGGGCGCUCAAGAAGGAGGCCAUGGACGAGAGUCACAGCGAGGAGGAGCGCGAGCGCGCCGCUGCGGCAGGCGGCGGUGGCGGCACGGCCAGCGGUAUCGUGGCCGACGACGACGAGAUCAACUCGGUCAGGGGAGGUGGUGGUGGUGGAAAGCGGAGCGCCAAGCGGGCGCGGCAGUGAGGCCCGAGCUCACUUUCUCAUCUAGACGAAGGGUGUCUGUGUGUAUCAGUUGCAGAUUGCAUUGCUGAGGGAAUAUCAUGUAGCGUCACUGAGUGUGCCUGGCGGUGCUCAUUGUGACACCAGAGGUCAGCUCUCUGCUCAUUGUGACAUCAGAGGUCAGCCGCAGAGCCGUUGGACACGGCCGCCGAAGUGUCAGUUUGCUUGCGGGCUCGAUGGGUCCGUGCGGCUGCACCUGAACGCCUGC